CCCACUUCCUUCCUUUCAUCGAGAGGGUCACCGAGGAUGAGCCCGAGCUUGUAAACUGGAUUGACUUCCAGCACCCUUCUUUGGUUUUCCAUGAACUUCUUUUGUUCGUGCAUUUGAUAUCGAACCCAGUUUGACCUUCGACAUGAGGCGGACAUGAGAUCCUCUGGCAUUGGCCUGACGGUGCUAGCGCCGUUGGGACUCCUAUUGCAGUUGCUCGCGACUAUGGUCUGUUUGGGACCGUCUGACAAAAGAACACUUUAUGGGCAUCGAACCUGGAAUCGGCGUCGAUGCAUGACAUGAUACGCCCGGUGCGCGGACAUGCGACGAGCCCCUGCCGACCCGCGGAUGAAACAAGGAGCCCACGUCCUCGUCCACAGGAGCGCCAUCAACAUCCCAGAGUACAAAGACCUGCCGUCCGCCGCGCUGAAGAUCCUGCCAGCUUGGCUCGGGCCGUUCCCAGUCUUGCACCCCGGCGAGAACCCGCUGACAUUCAAACUCAAACUACCCUCGACCACCCUAGGAACGCUGCCCUGGCGGCGCUGCAACCCGGGGACCCGGGGACGAUGGCCCCGCAAAACAGGCCGCCGGAGCAAGCCCAUACGGGGCGCGGCAUGGGGUGCGAGGCAACUCAGGCAAGACUCAAGAGCCCCGGAGCGGCACAUACCACACAACAGCAGGAGCGACACUUGUCUGGGAACAAAGCAGGCAUAAUGUGCAGCAGCCGCACGCCAGCCCCCGUGCAAUGGAGGAUAUCAGCGUCAGAGACCAACAGCGAAGGACUGCCGUCUUUGGCUGAGUUAAAGGUGGCGACGCACACAUGCGAGCGGCAGCGCUACAACCCGGACGCGGAACAUCAAGGCGUUGUCGACGACCUAGCAGACACUGUUCAGGGGUCGUCUGCCGCCGAUCAAGAUGCAACGACAUGGUACAACGAGAGCCGCCCCAGAAACAUGGCAGACCACAACGUCGGCGACAGCAUCCUGGAGUUCAUUGAGCGAAACGAAUGCUCGCACCUGCUAGUGGCCGAGCCGGAGUACCAAUCGAUGCUGACGGCAUAUCUUACCGAGAUGAUUAACCGCGACAGUGAGCUAGCCAAGCGGCACCUAUGCGUGCUCAGCGACUACAAGGUCGAAUUCGAGAGCACGCACCUCUACAUUCAGCGGAAGAUAGACAUUCUGGUGCGGAAGGCCCAGGGUGCCAACAACUUUGUAGUGAUAGAAGCAUCACGAGAAAGAGAGCAGCGGCCCGAGGGCAUGCACUUCGAGGCCAAGCACAACCAGCUUGUAUGCAACAUGCUGGCCGUUGCAUUGCAUAGAGUCAUCGACGAGAACCACAGGACGUAUAGGGACUUGAGGCUACUCGGCGUGAUCAUGGUGAACGCAGAAGCACACGUAUACACGUUGCGGUUCUCGAAGACGUACCUGGAAGCAAUAUGCGGUGGUAUGGCCAACGCAAUACCACAGCCGUGCGCGCCACACCAACAGCGCCUCCGCUUGACCCCAAAGUUGACCUCGCUGCUCUUGACAUUGGGGUGGGAAGCGGAGUUGAAUUGA